GGAACGGGAGGGAAUAUACGAGCUUCACUCGCUGUAAUACACGCAGUAAUAUGAACUCCCUAACGAUUUGUAUUUGUGGUUAUUGUAGUUGACGACGGAAAACGUUCAACACUGGUGCAAGUGGACAUUUAAAGACAGUUUCAUACUUUGCCAAACAUAUGCUGCAAUGCCUCAGGUUGUUCUCAGCUGACCUCUCUCCGUGAGAACCAUGACGUCACAAAGGACAUCCGGAGACCUGCCCGAUGAACGUGGCUCGCUCCCACUGGACAUCGAUGAUGUCCACAUACUACUGCAAGUCGAGCAGGAGCAGAUUCAGAAAAGAACCUUCACGAACUGGAUCAAUGCCCAGCUGUCUAAGAGGAGUCCUCCAGUUACAGUGGUGGAUCUUUUCAAUGAAUUCAGAGAUGGAAGCAGACUAUUGGACUUGCUGGAGGUGUUGACUGGUCAGAGAAUGAGCCGGGAAAAAGGAAGAGGGACAUUUCAGCACAGAACAAACAUUGAGAAAGGUCUAGGGUUCCUUAAGAGGAAAUCGAUCAAACUGGUCAACAUCAAUGUCUCGGACAUCAUGGAUGGGAAGCCUUCCAUCAUUCUGGGUCUCGUCUGGACCAUCAUCAUGCACAUUCAUAUCGAAGAGUUGGCCAGCACAUUGAACUUUAGUUCUCGUCAGUCAUCUCUGGAGUCAUUGGCGAGUUUAGACACUCGAUCGACCAGCAGCAGUGCCCGCAGCAGUCCGGUGCCACCCCGUGGUUCACCCCUGCACACCCGUUUCCGCGUAUCUGCCAAGAAAGCCCUGCUGCUUUGGGUCAGAGAGCAGUGCCAAAAGGCUGGUUGUACUCUGAAUGUGAAGGACUUUAAGGCGAGCUGGAGAAGUGGUGUAGUGUUUUUGGCGAUACUUCAUGCUCUGAGACCGAAUAUAGUGGACCUAACCAGAGCCCGAACAAGAACCAACAGACAGAAUCUGGAGGAAGCCUUCCAUAUUGCUGAAAGAGAACUUCACAUCCCCAGACUACUAGAUCCAGCCGAUGUUGAUGUUAGGGAUCCUGAUGAAAAGUCAAUUAUGACUUAUGUUGCACAGUUCCUGCAGUACUCUAAAGAUGCUUCUGUUUCUGACGAGGAAAUGCAGUAUCUCACUCCUCCUCAGCGCCUCUCCCCUGUCAAUCUGCCAUCAGACUUUACUCCUUCUAUAGCUGCAUCACCUUUAAGACAGACCUCAGCCAAUCAGAAGGCUCAGGAGGUCACACGCUGGUUGGAUCAGGCCUAUCAGGAGCUGAUAGAGGGGUGGGACUCCACCGAAGGAGAGAGCUAUGCUGAGAGAUACCAAGUCUUCCACACCUUCAUUGUGUCCUUUAACGAGCAGCGGCGGCCCGUAAUGCCAUUACUAACAGCGAUGAAGAGGACUCCUCAUCUCAGUGCAGAGCAGAAAGCUCUUAGACGAGCCUGGGAUGCUCUCGCUGAGAAGCUACGCGAGUAUAAAACAGAGCUGGACCUGAGCCUUCCAUCCCCACUAGACACUGUAGGCCGCUGGUUAUUGCGUAUUGAAGAGGUUUUAUCUGCUGAAGAGGUCGAGCCAAUAGAUCACUCCCGAGCCGCAGAGGAGGCUCGGGAGAAACUUGAGAUACUAAAGGUAUGUUUGGAGGAGAUGCCACAUCAUAUCAAGAGGUUUAAUAUGUUUCAAAACACAAAUGAGUUUGGAGAGGCUCUGGUGCCAGUAGACAAGAUGGAAGAGAUGAAGAGAAGGUUCACCAGUGUCCGUGUAACAGCUAAAUAUCAUAGUAUUAAGCUAGAGUACCGUGAGCACAGACACACAGUAGUAGACCUGCUGAAUCAACUCAACAUUAAACUGCGAUCUUGGAAAAGAGCCUACAUUUCCCAGGAGGCUGUUCGUGUGCUAAUGCAGGACUGGAAUGAGACUGUGAAUAAACAGGAACUGACUUCUUUGCUGGAUGGAGCCCUCCAUAGACUCAAACUAAUCGCCAACAAAUACACCAGCAAGGCUGCCUUGGCUGGAGACUCGACUCAGGUAAAUCGUCAGGUGGCUGAUCUGGAAGCAGAUGUGAUAGCGACUCUGGAGGGUGUACGGAUGGUGAGGGGAACUAUGGGACGUGUGUUGGCAGCAUGGGACUCUUACAGUGAUAUCUACACCUCAAUGCGAGCAUGGCUGGAGCAGGGUCCACAUGCUCAGCGACACGGGCAGACUACAGAGGUGACAUUAUCAGUUAUGUCAGAGUGGAGUUCCCGCCAAGUUCACCUGAAUGAGGUGGCCAACUACUUGACAGAGGUCACAGACCCACAGACAAGCCGUGCUAUUUCAGAUGAACUCUGCAAGAUAAAUCUGCUCUGGGCUGACUUUGCCAAAACAGCCCAGUUUUCUUUAGCUGAGGAGCCCAGUGCUGGCCCAUCCAGUCCUCAGACAGUUCAGUCUCUGAUAAGGGAGGCCACUCAGUUACUUAAAGAACCUGUGGAGGUUGUUUCUGGAUCACUACGUACUUACACGAAGAGACUACAGCUUAUGAUGAAGAAAAUAAAGGAUGUGGAUCUAGAAGCCCUCUCGCCAUCUCUAGACUGCUCUGCAGAAACCCUGAGAAAACUUCAGCAAGCCAUUCCUGAAGUCCUACAGACACUCUGUGAGGCUGAACAGGUGUGUGAUGAGCUGCGCAUGAAUGUGAGUGGGUUGGACGGGCGUCUAGCUGAACUGUUACACUGGGAGAUGGAAGCCAGAGAGCUGUAUCAGUUUCUAAAGGAGGAAACACACAGGCAGAAGAGAGGACAAGAUCCCAGAGCACGGCUGUUGAUAUCAAGGGGUUUACAGUUAGAGGGUCAGGUGGUUAUGGAAGAGCAGGAUCUGCAGAUGAUGGUCAUGACUAGUCAAAAGACUUCACCACUGCAGUAUCUCAUUGCAUCCACCAUGCAGGACAGAGUCCGCACUGCUGUUGAAAAGUCACAGGAGGCCGUAGGGAUGCUUAGCUCUUUGGGGGCUUGCAGAGACCGAAGCCCUGUUAGAGACCAGCCCCCUUCCAAGAUCUUUGUCCAAUAUCAGGAGACAGAGGAAGAGUCCCAAAAACCCUCCUUCCAGCCUAUCUCUCCAUCAGGAGCCCCUGGCCAAACAGAACCUCAGGCUGCAGUUAGGGCCAAAGUCCCAGAACAAUCUCAAAUACUCUCAGAGGUAUCUUCACAAGAAGUAGACCUCAAGACCCAGCAAUGUAGUCAGCCUGUGCCAAUGAUUGUUGUGCAAGAGUAUGAAGAGGACAAAAGUAGUCCACAACCACAAAUUCAUCCCUCUGUGCAAGUGAAAACUUCUCAGUCCAUUGAAGUUAAGUCAGAGAAAGUUGUCCGUGCUCAAACUAAAAUCGACAUAGAGCAUCAUGUAGAAAGCCAGGAAUCUUUACCACAGUCUGUGACACAACAACAGACAGAAAAAGGUCCUGUAGCUAGCCAACCCUCACAGAACCUACAACAAGCAGAGUCACAAGUACAUAAUAAACAACAAUUAGCAACACAGCCACAUGUGUAUAUUCCUCAACAAGAGAAAACUCAGCUUGCAAAACAGCAGAAGGUUCAACCACAAGUAGCAAUCCAGUCACAGUCUCAGGGCCAACUAGAAACACAAACACAGCAUGCUCCAAAGCAGCAGAGGAAAGUAAAGAAGUCCCAGGCACAUCUGCAGAACAGACCUUGGCUUCAACAGAGGAGUCAACUGGAAAAUGUUAACCAAAAAACAAUGCCACAGUUGGUCCCACAAUCUCAGUCAGAGUCUGAGGACAAAUAUCAAAUAAGUUCUCAAUCACCACCACAGCAUAUAGUAGCUGUUAGCUCACCUGAAGCACAGGGAGCUGCUCAAGGCACAGCACAGUCAAAAAGCAUUGUUGAGAGUGAUGAGAAACACCCGAAGCCAGCUCAGUCUGUUGCACAAGAGAAACAUCUUGUAGAAACACAAAACCUACCUCAAACUGUACCAGCAGUUUCAGCACAAUCAGUGACUCAAAAACAACCACAACAGCCAGUGACUGUUCCGAUUCAUCAACAGGUAUUUCCCCAACCUCAGCCCUAUUUAUCAACUCAAGCUCAAACAACUACACAACAAACACAAGCUACUGCACCCAUUAAGCAACAAAAGCAACCUCAAACACAGAUAGUGACACCACAGCAACCUCAAAUGAUGAUCCAGAAACAGGUACAAUCUCAAUCCAUGACUCCCAUGCAACCACAGGUUAUGGCCCAAUGGCAGCCACAACAGACUAUUGCUCAGCCUCAUCCUGCAGUGCCACAACCACAAAGAUUUCCAGUGGCCCAAACAAUGCCCCAAAGGCCAGUCCAACAGUACCCAACAUCUCCCAUUCAACCACAAAUAACAAUGCAGAGACAUCAGUCUCAGUCCCAGCAACCCACAAUGCACAAUCCGACUGUAAUUUCCCCUCAACCCAAAGGUGCAUCCCCCAUACAACCCAGAAUCAUCUCUAUGCCUCGACCCCAGAUUCCUGUUCAAUCUCAAAACCAAACUCAGGUCAAAGCACAGGGAAGUGCACCACAUGUGAUUCAACUUCAGGGGCAACCCCAGUGGUGUCAACCAGGAGAUCUCACCCAAACGUACCCCAGAGUGCAAGGACCAAUUUCUGUUGCUGCCCAAAUGCAGCCUCUGGCCCAUUUCCAAACUCAUCCCCAACCUCAAAGUAUCCCUCCAACUCAACCUCAGCAGUGGUCACCAAUAAGACCAGGCAUAGUGACCCAUACGUACCCCACUGUCCAAAUUCCAGGUCAGAUAGUCCAAACUCAACCUCAAAUGGCAGGUUACCCUAAAAUCCAGCCGCAAUCACAGCCUCAGCAGUGGCCCUCUGCUAGACCUGAAUCACCUUGGGGUCAACCACAGAUAAGACCCCAAGGUCCAGCUCAGCAUAUAGUUCCCUCUCAGCAAUGGAGGCCUGUCAGUCCAGAGAGAGUCAGUCCAGUAUACCCAAGGCCUGAAACCCAAGGGCCCAAGGGACCACAUCCUCAGUCCCAAUAUCAAGCUCUACCAAGGCCAGCAAGCCCUCAACAUCAGUGGAGUCCAAUCCGGCCAGAACAUCAGUUUCAAGUUUCUUUCCAGACUAUGUUCCAUGGUGCUCCCCAGCCAGUGGCUCCAUGGAAUCAACCACCUACUCAAGCUCCCAUAAGACCUCAGAGUCAACAACAUCCUCAGCAAAGUCAGCAAAAGUGGAGUUCAUCCAGGACAGAGGCCCCAUCUGCAACCCUCAUCCAAAGCCAAGUUGCCCAGGCAAAGCUUCAGUCCCAAGAUCUGACAAACCCGCAGUUACCAAUACAGGAACCACCCCAACAGCAGUCAGCUCCUCGGGUUAAGCAGCCAGCACUUGCUCAGGCUCCCCCCCAAGCCUACACUGAGGCUUAUACAAAGGCACAGGCCCUGGUUAGGGAUAGAUUUGAGGACGCCAAGCACUGUCUUCAAGAGCACAUUAUAGAAGCUAUCAAUGUUUUCAAGGACAAGAGAAUGACGGACGAACAGGCAUCAGUUAAGGAGGAGACGCUUCGGACUCUUGACCCUGAACUUCUUGAAGAGUUCUUGAGGGCUGCGGAAGGGAUGGAAGCUUUCUGCACCCCAUCUGAACUUAGAGACAUGGAGUUUUUCACACAAUCUGUUAGAACACAGUGGAAGGAUGUCCGAGUGCAAAUAUCAGAAUUUUUGAAGCAACUCAGAUUUGAGUUAACCCGCCUGCAUUUUAACCGUAUGGUUGAGACAUGUGAGAUACACUUUAAGAAGGAAAAACUCAACCAUAGGCCUGAAUCAAUAUCAAAAUCAAAAGAAGAGGCUUGUUUUUCUGCAGAGGGCAGUCUGGCAGAGGCAGGACAGCAGCUAGAAGCUCUGAAGGAGUUGUGUGAUACUCUGAGCCCUGAGGACGCACACAGGCUCGCACAAGCCCAGCUCAGAGAAUGUGAGCGACGCCUUGCUGCCAUCCAGCGGCAGUUCAGUGGAGACACAGAUACACCUCCUUCAGACACUAGUUUACAAACAGAGCAAACAAAAGAGCCACCCAAUCAAAAAGCACCAACAGUCCCAACACCACCUGAGAAGCCCAAAGAAGUUAUUGUUUCAGAGGCUGUUACACCAGUUAGCCCCCAGCGACCGAGAACUGUGGAGAAGAGAGAGAUAGUGAAACAAACAAGCACAGAAGAGGACAGGUACCGCAGCUCCAGAUUUGCAUUACAGGCUCAGCUAAACAGAAAUGAGCAGUGCAUGCUUGGAGAUCGUACCUCAGAAUCAGUCACUCCCACAGACCUGCAGAAACGACUGAGAGAGUUAAAGUCUCUGUGGGAUGAGACGGAGUCUCUGUGGAAGGAGUAUGAAGCCCUGUGUAUGCAAUGUGUUCAGUACAACGAACGAGCUGUCGAGCAGGACCGUAUGGAGCUCACUGUCAGGUGGAGAGAGCAGAGGUCCCAGUUACAGGGCAGGGUGGAUUCACUGGGAGCAGCACUUGAGCUCAUGGACUCUAUUAAGCUGAAGAUCUCUGAGAUUUCUGAAAGGCUGGAAAAUUUCAUCAAAGAACCCAAGGACAUUAAGGGAUAUACACUAGCUAACCCUGCCAUUUUGAGAGAUGUGAAGGACUUAGAUGAAAGUAUCCAGACAGAGAUGGAUCGUCUGUCUCGAUUCGACUCUGAGCCCAGUCAUCUAGACCUGCGUGACCGAUCACCUCUGACCCAGGUGGUUCUGAACCACAGAUCCAGCCUGGACCGGCUCAGGCAACAGGUGCGGAAGAGCGACGCCGCUGCCCGUGCCCUUGACCGCUUCCUCAUGUCUCUGCGCACCGUGGAACUCGAUGUCUCUUCUGUGCAAAGCGCCCCCAGCAAUGAUGCUGUUGUAUUGCAGGACAGCAGGUCCAAGCUAGCACUAAUCAGAAAGGGAGUCAGCAGCCUCAAGGAUAAGGCUCCACAGCUGGACCAACUCUUGGGCGGAGCACAGCUCGAAGUGACCCAGGACGGGAGCCCUGUUUCCUGUCUGGACAUGGUGGGGGUACUGGUUCACAGGGUGGAAGAGGCAGAAGAUCGACUGAUGAUUCAACAGAAUGAGCUCCAGAAUGAACAGCAGAACCAGAGCCUUGGCCUGAGGAGGAAGACUAUCCAGGCUGAGUUAAGGAAGGUGCUGGCGGCAGCAGAAAAACAGGGUCUAAAGGAUCCCACUAUGCCAGCAGUGCAACAUCGGAUGCGAGCACUGUCCGAUCUCGAAUCGCAGCUGAACUCUCUUCGCCCUGAAUACCAAAACAUCAAGAAGUCUCUGUCUGAAGUCUCUCCACAGAAAGAGCACCCUGGUCCAGCAAAUGAAGAGCUUGACUUCCUUUGGGAAGAGACUGAAAGAGCUGUAUCUGACAGACAAGAGCAGUGCACUGUUCUUAUGGAACUCCUGAAGAAAUUUCAGAACUGUCGCAGUUACCUGGGCAACACUCUCCAGAGGGCGGAGCAAACAAUCAGUGAGCAGGCUUCAUACAUGGGCAAAGACAAUCUACAGCGACUCCUUGCAAAAGUCGUUGGCAUAAAGGAGGAUCUUAAUAGCCUCGGACCCAAGAUGGAGGAGUUCAGAUCUGUGUGCAGACAGUUGCAGUCCCAGCUAAAGAAAAUUCCUGAUUGCUCGGAAACUCCAUUUGAGACGGAGGCAGAUGCUUUGGUGGACUCAUGGCUGGAUGUGUCAGAGAAGACAGACAGUUACAUGGAUAACCUGCGUGUGGGUCUGGAGUUGUGGGAGAAACAGCUGGUUCUGGGUGGUGAAGUGGACAGCUGGACUUCUACUAAACUCAUUAUCUUCUCAGAGUCUCACCCUUUCAGCAGUGAAACGGAGGUUGACAGCAUGAAGAAUGAGAUACAGUGCCAGGAGGACAACCUUGAACACUUCCACAGGAAGUUACUAGAGAUCCAGGAACUGCUGCAGAGCAAAGAAUCUCCUCUUGAGUUACAAGUAAUGGAAACCAACCUGAGGAAGAAAAUGGAGCAGGUGAAGGAACUCUUCUCCGACUGCACUGAAGUGUUUCAGGAGCUCCUCACAGUUAAAGCUCAUAUGAUAGAAAAGAUUGACACCUACCAAUCAUCAGUGAAAAAUAUACGCUCCUCAGUAGACAUGAUCAGUUCAGAGGAUCGUGCAGAACUGGACGCACAUUUACAGGACUUGUGUGAGCAGCUUUUGGACCAGGAGGAGCAGGCUGAAACUUUGCUGAAGGAAAUCAAUCUCAUGUCCAGCAUUACUGGACCGCUGGCCUUGGAGGAGCUGACCAAUCAUAGUAAGCGUCUCAAAGACAGCAUUGCUGAAACACGGCAGUUGAUUCGCCAGAAGAAGGAUCAAGGGGAGAAAAGCUUCCUUCAGACUAUUAAAGAAAAGUUUCAGUCAUUUGAGGAAUGGUUGCAAGAUGAGCAGCUCUCUGUGAAUGAGUGCUUUGAGAACCCUGAGAGGAAGCAGGAUAUAGAAACAUCCAUGCAGAGACUGACAAGUUUCCUGGCCUCUAAGGAAGGAGAACAGCAUCUGGCUCAGUUGAAGGAGAGGUUUGAGCAAGGUGGACAGGCAAAGCUCCCUGCCGAGGCUCAAGCUUUGCUCUCCACAUGGCAUCAGGAACAGGAAGGAGAACUGGCCACACUCAGGGCUCACUGCCAGGGACGCCAUAAACAGCUGUAUGAUAUCCUCCACAACCUCAACAGUUUGCAUGAGGAACAUAAUCAUUUGAAGGACUGGCUACAGCAGAGAGAGCAAGUGCCAGAACAGAGAGAAAAACUGAGGCAAAUCCAAGAGGAUUUUCUUAAAGAAAGCGGUCGUGUGGAGGCAUUCAGUGACCUGUUAUCUGCUGUAAGGAUGCGUGGCCUGAGGGGAGACCCUCUCCUUAGAGACUGCGAGACCCUGAUAGACCGAUACCACAGCCUCGGGAUUCUUUUGGAGAAUCUGGCACAAGUCCGCAAGACCCUUGAUGAUCAAAUUGACACAUUCCAAACCAAUGUAGAACAGAUCAGAGCCUGGAUCAGAAAUUUAAAGCAAAGACUUGAGUACUUGGGGACAGACACGCCUAUGCAGGAAAAACAUGUAAAUGCUCAGGCUGUUCUUAAUCUAAGUCCUGAGGGUGAUGCUAAACUCGUGGCUCUGAAAGAAGAGGGUGAUGUUUUAUGUGCUCAUGAGAUUUUGGAGGACACCAGAAGACAGGAGCUCAUUCACACCCUUGGAAACAUUGAAGAUGAGUGGAAAAAAGUUCUGGAUAUGGCUCAGCAGCUAAAAAAUCAAGCAGAACUCCAAGACACUCUCUGUAGAGAACUAGAAGAUCUACAGGCCCAGGAAGAGAGCAUCCAGUCCUGGGUGAGGGAACAACUGCAAAUGCUUCGCUCUUUGGGGAAGGACCUUCAGCCACAUGAAAAACUUAAUAAAGUGCAGGCUGUCAUAGACCUUGGUGAUGAAGCCGAUUCCAGAUUGGCCAGUUUACAGAGACAAGGACAACAUUUAUGUUCUCAUAAAGAGCUUGAGAAUGAGAGGAGGAGCCGCAUUGACCAAACCCACAGAGCAGUAGAGGAGGAGUGGAGGAAAGUGCUACAACUUGCCCAGCAACUCAAGAACCAGGUCAAGCAUGAGCAAUCUCUCUACAGAGAGUUACAAACUUUCUAUGAUCUGGGAGAGGACGCUCGAUCCUGGAUUAGACAUCUCAGAGAGACCCUGGAUUCCCUUCUUGUGACAUCUUCCAUUCAAGAGAGGCUUAAUGGAGCUGAGGCACUACUAGCUCAUAGAUCUGAGUGGGACUAUAAAAUUUCUGACCUAAAGACGAAGGGAGAGAAUCUAUGUUCUUGUGAAGAUCUAGAUGAGGACAAAUGUCAGACAAUCCAACACGCGUUAAAAAAUGUACAGCAUGAGUGGAUGGGAGUUUUGAUGCAGACUCAGGAACUGAAGAACAAAUCAGAACUUGAGCAGUCUCUUUUGAAGGACCUUCAGGAUCUUCAAGAAAAGGAGGAGAGCACUCACUCUUGGCUUAAAGAGCAGCAUCUGAAGAUCGAAUUGCUUGGUGAAGAGACUCAGUUACAAGAGAAAAUGAAUGGAGCUCAGGCCAUCCUGAACUCAGAAUCAGAGGGGGAUUACAAGCUAGCCAAUCUGAGGAGGAAUGCAGAGGGUUUGUGUUCUCGAGAAGGCCUGGAGGAGAAAAGAAAACUGGAAAUCCAGCUGAACCUGAGAUCAAUUGAAGAAAAAUGGAAGAAGGUCCUGGCAAGUGCUCAAGAAUUAAAGGACCAGGCUGAGCUCCAAGAUUCUCUUGCAAGGGAGCUUCAGAAUGUCUGUACCCAGGAGGAGAGCACCUGGACCUGGGUGAAGAACCAGAAAGAUUGCCUGGACUCACUGGGGAAAAGUACUCAUGGUACACAGGAGCAGAUUGAGGAAAGACUAAGCAAAGCACAAGCAAUUUUAAGUAUGCACUCUGAGGGCAACUCUAAGAUUGCAGCCCUGAAACAGACAGUAGACCAUCUUUUUAACCGUGAAGAUCUUGAUGAAGAUGCAAGACAUUCUCUUGUUAAGAAAAUGAAAAAUGCAGAGGAGGAGUGGAAGACAACACUGCAACAAGCACAGGAGCUGCAUAGUCUGCUGCGAAGUGUAGUGGAACGCCUGGAGUCCUGUCGGUGUCAGAAGGAACAGCUUCAGUCUCGUCUGGAUCAGGUGAAACAGCAAAUAGCUGCACUGCCACGGCACUUCCCCUGGCCUGGUUUAGGGGAUAGAAGGCACACAUUGGAGCAAGCCAAGAGUCUGCUAGAUCGUACCAGAGCCCUGACCCCAUCUCUGUCUGCUGUCCGAGCGCUCGGGAGGGAGAUGAGCCAGCUGACCCGUGAUUCCAGCUGGAUUGAUCCAUCCUGGACCACCACAGAGGAGUGCAUACCUGAGUUAAUCAAAGAUCUUAGGGAGUUUUGCCUAAAUCUCGAAGAGGAAGUCCGGAGAGAGCGAGUCUGUGCUCAGUUAGUUGAGCAGCACACUGUAGCACAGGAUUGGCUGAGAGAGCAAGUCAAAGGUUUCGGUGCUCUGCCCACUGAACGCCAUGGGUUACAAAGCUCUAUUAACACUCUUAAGGCUCUUCUUCAGACCAUAGACAGGGAGAAGAGAGAAAUGAAAGAACUGGAUGCUGUUAAAAAUUCCCUGAUGGAUCUUUGCACUCCAGGAGGUUGUGAUGCCCUGACCUUAGAGGUCAGCCAUCUUCAUGACCUCUGUGUGUCCUCUGAGAAAGAGAUGAGGGAACGGUUAGCUGUGUGUGAGGCCAGAUUGAGUGACAUUGACCUCAGGCUUGCUGGCAGGGCACAGAUUCUCAGGGAGCAAGCAGAGAGUCUCCUAGAUGAGCUGCGUGCUCAGGACCACUCUUUAGGAUUUCUGAUGGAUAGCCAGAAUAUCAGCCAGCUACAGGAGAACUGGCAAAGCUUCAAGACGUGUGAGAAAAAGCUUGAGUCUUUAGAGGGCAAAGUUCGUGACCUUGGCCAGGCUCUCCAAAUGGUCCCACCAGAUGAGGGACCCCCCAGCGAUGUCAUUUCCAUAGUGGACGCAGCUACACAACAAUAUUGCAGUCUGCGGUCGAAACUUUUGGAAAAGCAGAAUGACUGCGCAGACAGCACUGUGCAGUGUGUGAGACAGGCCUUACAAAGCAUACAGUCAUGGAACCAGACACAUGCAAAUCCUCCCUGCAGCUCAGCCACAUCCAUGCAGGCUGCAAUUGAGGAAGGUGUGAGACUGCGUAAAAGCCUGCAGGUAGCGCUGUCCCAUAAAGAACUGCUGAGGGAAUGUCUGGGCCCUGACUUGGCUGGCAAACUUGAAAGAGAUGGAACAAAAGCACUAAACGAAGCAGACAUUUACAUGAGUGACCUUAAACAGGAGUUUAAAAAUGUGGAGGAGAAGGUGAAGCAGGAAACUCAGAGGUUGUCACUGGAAGCUCAAAGCAUUCAGCUGGAUUCACAGGUUUCUGCUGCGAUGCCAUCAACGAAGGAGUCUGAACAGUCAGAAUUUGUUUCUUCUUCAUCGUUUCUCAUGGAGAGCAUUGAAUUGACAGAUGACAGUCAGAAGGCUAAGGUACAGCCAUCUGAAAACCUUGACAGUGAGAUCCCUCUAUGUGUAAUCACAGAAACUACAACUGAAACAGAAAUUCACACUGCAAGAAAAUCACUACCAACAUUAGAGACUGACACUGAACAGACUGAUGUCCAAACAACUGUACCAUUAACCACAGAGAUGCUACCUGAACCAGCAACAGGAGUAUAUGAAUCUGCUCUUCCUACAAGCAGCCAUGGUGCAAAUGAAACUGAAAGUGAGAAUUUAGUUUCUAUUGCUUUGGAAACAAAGUCUGAUAAUGAUGAGAUUGCAGAUGAAAAGAUGCCCAUGUCCUCAUCUGCAGCUGUCCACAGCUUGGAAACCACAGUACAAGACACAGACUUGGAAUUACACAGCACUGAGAGCCUUAGCACAGAAGGACAAGUAAACCAGUUGUCUGUUGUAGUUGUGAGUUCAGAAUCUUUUGCUGAUGUGGAGGGUGAGAAAAUUGAAGCAGUGACAGCAGAGCCAGAUAAAGAGGAAGAGGUCUCAUAUAUUUCACAUUCCCAAGAAGAACCUUGUGGAGAAGGUGAAGCACAAACCAAAAAGUUUACUGCGCUCAUUUUAGAUAUGGAUACAGUGCACAUAGAUAGUGUAGACACAUACUCCCACACACCCACAUAUGGUGCUACAGUGAAAGAAGGCUCUGCUAGUGCUAUUUUAAAUGAAAAGACACUGGGCAAACAAGAUCUUGAAACACUGGCUCCUCCAGAAGCUGAAAUUUCUGAAGUAGCCAUAGAACCAAUUAGCAUCCCAUCUUCUCUUAAUGAGCCAAGUAUGGUGAAAUUAGAAAUUAGUUCAGCAGUAGAACCAGAACAGUCACAGCUCAUCGAUAUAGACGCUAAUGGACAAAUGCAAACAACAGCAACUCCACCUUCUGAAGCACAAGGUAGUGAAGAUGCUGCUUCCAGAGGUAUUGGAACAUUUUCUUGGAACAAUGGACCAAAUGCUGCAAUUGCUGACAGAGAGAGCGACUGGACUACAAAUAAUGGUCCGCGUGAAAUCCAACGCCGAUAUAUUAUUCUAGACUCCCAUGAGGGGGUGGAAAUGCAGAGACAUCAUGCUCAUGAAGCUACUCUUUUCAGGGCACCUACUGAGACACAGAUUCAGGGAUCAGAACAUUCAGUGUCAGAAAGAAUGGAGACAGAAUGUGAUGCUAAAACAGAAUCAGAGAUCAUAGCCAGUACAAACAGACCUUUAGAAGCAUCCGGACAAUCUGAACUGGUUGAAACAAGCCUAAAACUACCAACAAGGCAAGUUGGAGAAUUCAUGCAUUUCAUUGUAGAAGAAGAGACAAAGAAGACCCCAUCAGGUGAUAAAAUGCAAUUCAUAGAAGUUGAUCCUAAACUUAAACCUCCAAUCAAGCAACAAAAUGAGGUAGAAACUGAGGUCCAACAAACAAACAAAGUGCAUGUCUCAACAACAGUAGAGGAGAAACCUGAAGGUGAAGAAGCCAUUGAGGUCAUUUUGGGAGAAGAGCCAAAGACCCAAUCAGGUGGUAAAGCACGAUCCAAAGAAAUCGAACCUGAACUGACACCUCCAAUCAAGCUCCUGGUUGACUGGGACACUGAGGUACAACCUGAAAGAAUUAAUGUCUCACUAACACCAGAGGAGAAACCUGAAGUCAUAGAAGCCACAGAUGUGAUUGUAGAAGAAGAGAUGAACAAGACCCCAUCAGGUGAAAAAGCACAAUUAAUGGAAUCUGAACCACCUGUCAGGAGAAAUUACAAUAAAACUGAUGUCCAGUCAAACAAGGUAAAUGUCUCAACACAAAAGGAGAAAGCUGAAGGUGAAGAGGCUGUGGAAGUCACUGUAGAAGAGGAGACAAAGACAACAUCAUCAGUUGAUAAAGCACAAUCCAUAGAAGCUGAACCUGAACUGACACCUUUAAUCAAACAACAGAAUGACCAGAACACUGAGGUCCAGUCAGAAAAGGUGGAUGUAUCACCAGAGGAGAAAACUGAAUGUGAAGAAGCCUUGCAUGUCAUUGAAGAACGGAAUGACUGGGUCACCGAGGUACAGUCUGAAAGAAUUAAUGUCUCACUAACACCAGAGGAGAAACAUGAAGUCAUAGAAGCCACAGAUGUGAUUGUAGAAGAAGAGACAAACAAGACCCCAUCAGAUGAAAAAGCACAUUCCAUAGAAGCUGAACCUAAACCAACACCACCAGUCAGGCGAAGAAACGAAAAUAAGUUUGAUGUCCAAUCAGAAAAGGUAAAUAUCUCAACAACAUCAGAGAAGAAGCCUGAAGGUACAGAGGUUAUCACUGUCAUUGUGGAAGAUGAAAUAAAGAUGACUCCAUCAGAUGAUAAAGCACAAUCCCUAGAAGCGGAACCUAUACUGACACCAACUGUCAGGCAACAAAAUGAGGGUGAAACCGAUGUCCAAUCAAACCAGGUAAAACUGUCAACAACAUCAGAGGAGAAACCUGGGGAUACCAUGCAUAUCAUUGAGGAGGAAAGGACAAAAAAGACAUCGGUUGAUAAAGUGCAAUCCAUAGAAGCUGAGCCUAAACCAACGCCACCAGUCAGAAGACGAAAUGAGGGUGAAACUGAGGUCCAAUUAGAUAAGGUGGAUGUCAUACCAACACCUCCCACCAGACGACGUAAAGGUGAUAAGUUAUCGUUAGAUAUUGAAUCACAGAUAGAGGGAGAAGUUCUUCCCACCCCACCAAGCAGAAGACGUAGAGAGAAAAUAGGAAUUGAGAGGUUUUCACUUGAUUUAGAGUCCCAACCCACACCACCAGCAAGAAGACAUAAAGAAAAAGAAGAUAGAAGAUUAUCACUUGAUCUGGAGACCCAACCCAUGCCACCAGCAAGACAAUGUAAAGAAAAAGAAGGUAGUAAAUUAUCACUCUACCUGGAGACUGAACCCACACCACCAGCAAGACGACGUAAAGAAAAAGAAGGUAGUAAAUUAUCGCUUGAUCUAGAGACCCAACCCACACCACCAGCAAGACGACGUAAAGAAAAAGAAGAUAGAAGAUUAUCACUUGAUCUGGAGACCCAACCCAUGCCACCAGCAAGACGACGUAAAGAAAAAGAAGGUAGUAAAUUAUCACUCUACCUGGAGACUGAACCCACACCACCAGCAAGACGACGUAAAGAAAAAGAAGGUAGUAAAUUAUCGCUUGAUCUAGAGACCCAACCCACACCACCAGCAAGACGACGUAAAGAAAAAGAAAAUAGUCGAUUAUCGCUUGAUCUGGAGACCCAACCAACACCACCAGAAAGACAACGUAAGGAAAAAGCAGAUAGUACAUUAUCGCUUGAUCUGGAGACCCAACCAACACCACCAGAAAGACGACAUAAGGAAAAAGCAGAUAGUACAUUGUCGCUUGAUCUGGAGACCCAACCAACACCACCAGAAAGACGAUGUAAGGAAAAAGAAGAUAGUACAUUAUCGCUUGAUCUGGAGACCCAACCAACACCACCAGAAAGACGACGUAAGGAAAAAGAAGAUAGUACAUUAUCGCUUGAUCUGGAGACCCAACCAACACCACCAGAAAGACGACGUAAAGAAAAAGGUGAAGAUAAAGGAUUAUCAAUUGAUCUGGAGCCUCAACCAACUUCACCAUCAAGAAGACACAAGGAUAAGCCAGAGAGUGAUAUGUUAUUUUACAGUGCUGAAUUAGGAAAAAGUGAUAAUCAGCAAACCAGUGAACAUAAAGACAGGGAAGAGCACACUGAUAAACCAACUCCACCUGUCAGACACAAAAUUAAUCAGGUUGAAAGUGAUGUGGCAGUUUGCAAAAACCAAGAAGAGAAAGAGGCCUUUGUGAAACCCACUCCACCAACAAGAAGGAAAGAUAGCAAAGUUGAGAACGAAAUUGUCGCAGGUACUUCUAACCUGAAAGAAGAUAUGAGCAUACAUAAACCAACUCCACCUCUGAGGCGAAAAGACAGCCAAGCAGAAACUGAGAUGGUUUCAACCACUCCUAAAAGUCAACCUGAGGAAGUCCUUCCAACUCCACCGACCAGGCGAACGAAAGAUCAAAUAGAAGCUGACAGAGUUCCAUUAAUGCCAGAAGAGCCACAGGUCAUAUCAACUCCAACAACCAGCGACAAAGUAAAUACUUUGAAUGAAAAGGUCUCUAUGUGUGCAAGACUGGAAUUGGAAACAGAUGUUGAAGCAAUACCUAAACAGGAAGAUAAAGAUGAGUCUGAUACAAAGUCAUUGGUUGGUCAGGAGCAGCAAGAGGAGGGGCAGGACUCUACUUUGGUCCCAGAACCCAUAAGUGUAAUCAGUCAGACAGAGAGCGUCAGUGAGAUGCAGCCACAAGAUCAAGAUGUGGAUGAUUCUCCCCAAGUUGGUCUCGCGGCUGAAAUCACUGAGAGUCAAGCAGAGGAAGAUAGGGAGCCUGAGGGACCCACAAUGAAGGAUAUAUUCAUGGAGAUCAAAAAAAUGACUGAAAAGGGCCCAAAAAGUGUACUUAUGGAGGGUAUACCUCAUGAAAGUACAAAGAAACUUCUUGACACUUCCAGCACUGAUCUUGAAGCUCAGUUAAAAAGACUAGUGUUCCAUUUACUGGAUCUUCGAACUUGCCCAGCUGCUCUGAACUCCAAAGACAUGGCCAAACAACUAGAGGAGGCUGAGGAAUGUAGACGGUGUGCCCAGAGACAGGUAUCUAUGCUGUCUAGGCAAGACCAGGCUACUGGAGACAUUGGCAGGGGCACUAAUGGCACAGUUCAUGACCCUGAGGGUAUGCAACAGCUGAGUGCCCAGUGGAGUGCAGCUUUGUGGGAUGCAGCAAGCUCUGUUCACUCCAAAGAAGCUCAACUACAGAUGGUUGCAGAUUUCAACAGACAGACCCAGAAAGUCGAAGCUAUUCUGGAGAGACUCAAAAUUGAGCGUGCGGCACUGAGAUUCACUCCAGCUGUGAGCAGUUUUGCUGAGGAGGAAAGACUGCGCUCUUUCUUGAGAAACAUGGAGCAGGAAAGGACAGCUCUCGGGGAGUUAAUUCAGACUCAUGCAAAACUGUCCCCCCACCUCAGUGUGCCUGAGAGACAAGCAGCGGAAAUACAGCAAAACAAUUUGCAAAGCCAGUGGAGGGUGCUGGAGAAGGAUGCAGAGAUUGCUCUUUACAUGGUUAAUGCUUAUGCUAAAGAAAGCAGCAGUCUUAUUCAAGAGGUCAGUGCCUUAAAAGACCAUCUCGAGAACAUUCAAAAGACCUUGGAUGCAUCGAAAUCCUCACUAGUUUUAUGGGAUGGCAAGAGAGCUCAAGAAAUUAUGAAUUUAAAUGCUGAUCUCACUUCCACCCAUCAGCAGUAUCUCUACCUUCAGCAGACCUCUGAGGCACUUGCCCAGGAAUUCCAAUUCAAUGCAGAUAUAUCCAGCAUAGAGCAGGAUCUUCAGCAUAUAAAAGAUCAGCUGGAUCAAAUGGGAGAACAGUUAGCAGCUUCAACCCCUAGCAGCAGCAACCCAAUGUUAAGUAAAAUUGUAAAGGUGAUGACAGAUGCUCUGGCUUGGGCCAAACAGACAGAAUGUGAUGUCAAAGGACGACAGAAAAAGGUGUCUUUGCUUCCAGAAGAGGUCCAUCGACAGAUUAAAGAUUUAAAGAAGUUGCAGUCUGAGAUGAACUCAAAGCAAACCCAGCUGAAAGCUUUGGUUGAGGAAGUCACUGAGCUGAUUUGUGAUCUAGAUGAAGCUGAUGUUUCGAUGGUGACCGCUUCCUUGAAGGUCCUAGAGAAUUUGUCCAAAUCAACUGCAGGAAAACUGGCUGAGGCAGUUCGCGAGAUGGAGUCAGGACUUCAGACCCGGGAGAAGAUGUCAGAGCAGAUAGCAGAUGUUGAUUCCUGGGUGGUUGGACAUCUGCAGAGGGAAGCUUUGAGGAGAGAAGAUUAUCAAAGUUUGAGUGUGGCAGACCUGGAUCGCAGGUUGAGGCAGAUUCAGGACACUCUUGGAGAGGCAGAAAAGCAGUCCGCUGUCACUGAAGCCCUUCUGAUGAAAAGCAGAGACAUUGCAUCUGAGCUAAGCGUCACAGAGAGUACUAAGCUCUACAAGAAACUCACCAAACUUCAAGAGGACAUCAAGGGUAUUGUUAUCUAUGAGAAAGCAUGUUGCCAAAAAGUUAUGGAUGUCAUACAGAGCCAAGAAUCCUCUCAGAGGAAGGUGUCAUCUCUCGAGAGCAGCUUGAGACAAAUGUUAGUUGAUGUAAAAAGACACAGGUUUCCUGUUACCAAGGAUACCCUCUCUGUCAUUGAACCCUUCAAACAGAUGCUCGUGGAGCGAAAAUCUCAGGUUGAGCAAGUCAGUCCCUGUGCAGAGGACAAGAGAAGAGAGCUGUUAUGUGUUAUUACUGAACUGUACCACAAAAUGAUUGAUUUGGAUCUCAAAUCACAAUCUCAUGAAAGGUACUUGAGCCUCAGUCGGUGCGUUGAAGAUGUCAAGGAAGAAAUGGAGGCUCAGAUCCCAAGGACCAAAGAUGAGAGCAUCAACAAAGAGGAACGCUACAGAGCCUGUCAGGCACUUCUGAUCCAGAUCUCUUUAAUACAACUCUUGUGUGAGGAAACAGUGUAUGAACUGCAGGAAAUCAUAGCAGAUCUAUAUCCAUCUCAGAUCUCUGCUGAACAAACAAGACUCAAACAAAUACUGGAAAGUCUCAGAACCUCAGAAAUGGCAGUGAACAAUAAUCUUCAGAUAUUGGAAUGGGAUCUGCUAAAACAUAUUCAUUAUCCAUCAGAAAAAAGAGUACUUCAGCAAUUUCUCAAAGACACCAAUGAGGAGCUGGAAAAGCCUUGUAGUAUUGAACCAAAAGAAACAGUGAUUGAAAAACAACUAAGAAAGUGCCUUGUACUCAGAAAGAAUGUAGAAUCUAGAGUGCGAGUGCUUGAGUUUCUUGAAAAAAAGAUUGGAGCUCAACCUCCACAGGACUCCAAACAGCUUACUUGCUGGAAGGAUAUGGUUUUGGAAAAGUGUGAUCAACGAAUGGUGAGCCUGACUAAAGCUAAAGAACUGUUGAGGAACUACACCAAAUCAGUGACCGAUACCAUUCGGUUCCUCCAAAGAGCCACAUUGGCCCUCCUUCCCUCAAUCUGCUCUACUAGAAGCUGCUCAGAAAGACUAAAAGAUGCACAACAUGCUUUACUGACUCUAGACACAGAGUUCCAGUCACAUAUUUCACAGCUUCAAGCUCAAAACCCACAACAUCCCUGCUUCAAGCCACAGAAGAUUGAAUUUCUACAAACAGAUGUCCUAGGCGAGCUCCUGGUCAGGCUAUCAACCAUUAAAGCCCAGGCUCAAAUUAAUGUAGAAUCUUUGAAAAGGUGUGUUGAGUGCCAGAAACAUUCUCGUAAGUGCUACGAGGAGCUUUGCCAGCAAGUGAGAGACUUAGAAACAUUGCUAUCACAGUGUGCUUCCAAAAAAAUUACUUCACACAAAGACUGCAAAGACCAGCAGCAGAAACUCAAGGCUCUAGUGGAAGAGGUUGCCAUGCUUCAUGGAAGGCUGGAGAAUCUGAGAGAGUGGUGUUCACUGUAUGGGUGCAGAGCCAACAGGGAGGAUGCCAUGAGCGCUAUCUGGGGUCAGGUGGCAAGACUGCAGCGCUGUUCCAAUGAUCUGCAGGCACGCUCAGAACAAAUGGAAGAAGAGUGGAGCAGUGUCACAAGGAGUGUAGAGCAGGCAGCGGCUGUGUUGGAGCAGGUGGAUGCGGAGCUUCCAGAUAGCAGCAGAGAGAAUCUGACUGGCGAUGAGCUACAGGAACUGCUUCUCUUCUGGUCCCAGUACCAGGACAGACUGGACUGUGAACACAGAGCUCUCUCUGCUUUGGAAUUAAGAGCUGCGAGGUUGCUUGGCAUUCCCCCCCACCUGGAACAGGCCCCAUCCAUUGAGCUGUGCCAAGAGCUACAAGUAUUGCAAGAGCAUUACCAUAGUCUAAAGGAACGGAGCUCUCGGGGUUUGAGGGCAGUAAGAACAGAGGUGGAGGAGAGGGAACGAGUGCAGGAGCAGCUGGAGGGAGUCAGAGAAUGGCUGGAAUCUGCCGUCUCUCUCCUCGCUGUACUGGAGCACGAGCCCAGCAAGAAGCAACUACAGGAGGUUCACUCACAGCUGUGUACCCAGAAGGCUGUUCUGCAACGUAUUUCAGAAAGCUUGAAGAUGAUGUACUCUGACAAAAACACAUCAAUUCCAGAGGAGAUAGAGGGACUAUUACAGGAAGUCUCACAGUCAUUACAGGAAGUGGAGGAACAGGUGAAGACAGCUGUGGAUGAAAGUGGUCCACUUCACAGACUGGGUGCUAAAAUCUCAGAGAUUAAAGCAGGUCUGGGAUCAGUUCAGAGCUGGUUAGAACAGAAGAGCCUGAACUUCACUGAAGCUGAGAGCACACAGAAGCGAGUGUGGGAUGAGUUGGAUGGUUUACAUACUCGUCUGACAGCGGUUGAGGUGGAGCUACAGGAUGUGAGUGAAAUGCAUCCAGAUGAGACCCAUCUCUUAUUAGACAACCUUGCCAACACUCAGCAGACCCACACACGCCUCACCAAACAGGCCGAACAGAGGACUGCCUUCCUCAGCAAGGUCCGUGACUGGCUGCAGGAGCAUGAGGAGAUGGUGAAGGGGUCACAGAGCUGGAUCUCAGAGGCUCAGUCUUGGCUUACGACACCCUGCACAUACACCACUGCCAGAUGCCUGGACAGUCAUGUGAAUGCACUGCAGAUGGUUCUGGAUGAUUCUGCUCAGAUGAGACGGACUCUGCAGGGUUUCGGCAGUUUGCUGACAGAGAUGGGAAGUGUGUUUGAUGUCAGUCCGUUAGAGGACCAGCUCUCAAAUGCUGAUCGACGUGUGGCAGACAUGCAGCACAAUCUGCUGGGACCCCUCUCUCAGCUGGAGCAUGCAGCAGCAGAAGUGGAUGCCAUUGAGUCAGAGGUGAAAGUCAUGGAGAAAGAUGUGGCCAAAAUCAAAUCUACUCUGACAACCAAAGAAGACAUCAGUCAGGACAGUCUUAAGGCGACAGAAAAAAGGAUUGACCUGAUGAAAAGGACAGUCGCUGAGAUUCAGAACUGUAAGGAUGGUCUGUGUCUUCCUGACAAAGCUGAAAACACACUCGUAGUGUUCAAAAAAGCAGAACUUCUACAGAAACAACUGCUGGAACUUGAACAGCUGGCACUAGAAUACUCGAUUGAGGUACAGGAGACAUCUGUCCCACCUCUCUGUGUCACACCCCUCGCUGCCCCAACCCUCAGUGUUCCACCCACAAUCACUGAGGAAGACACACAGGACAGUGGUCAGAUUCAGAUUGUGCACGUAGAGGAGGACGCAUUGAAAAAGUCAGGAGCAACGCUGAUGACGGUGGAGCAAUCCACACCGGAGCAGAGACUCACCUGGAUCUCUGAUAGAAGCAGCCACACCCUCACAGAAAUACAACAGGAGUCUGAGGAAGAGGAGGAGCUCUGUGAGGAUCCAGGAGAUGGAGAAGAUGCUUCUGAUGAAGACUAUGAAGAUUGCAUUAAAAAUGAGGAUGAGGAGGCAAGAGGAAGAUCAUCAACUUCUCUGAAUUCUGAGGCUUCCUUCAUCAUGACUGUGGAGGACACAGUUUCUGCAGACGUGGUUUCUUCUACAGAACAGAUUUUGGAGCAAGCAGAAGCAGCAGACUCAAAGGUAGAAGUAGAUACCUCUGUGGCCUCGGGAACAGGUGUGUCAGAAGCUUUAUCUGAAGCAGAUGCCACAGUGGAAAGCCAGUCUCUCCCUGCAGACAUGGAGCAGGGUGCAUGGAGGGGGGAACAGACGCCACACACCACUGACACACUCACACUGACACACGUGACACUCAUAGACAACACACAGAAACAUUCAGAGUCACAAGCCCCACCCACAGAAACAAAAGACAUGUUGACCUUACCUAAUGUCAUGACCUCCAAUGAAGGGCAGAGUGAUUCCUUAGAAAAACUUGCGGUAGUUUCGGAAAUACAUUCCACAUUGAGUCAACAGGCUCACUUAGAGAAACCCACCUUUGUGCCUCAGAGGCUGAGCUCCACAAAACCCACAAAUACACCAUCAGCCAAAUCACCAGAGCAACAUUUACACACUCAGACACACACUCCAUCAAAUGCAGAAGAUGACACACACACACCAAUUACAGUCAAGUCCUGCCUGGAGAGGACAGAGGCAUUGGCUGUGAGUGCAUCUUUGGCCGCAGGUGAAGCCGGGGGCUCGGGUGGAUGGUUGUCUGGUGACGGGCUGCUCCAUGCCUGCCGUGAGAGGGCCGAGCAGCUGGAGGUGUGUCUGGAGAGAGCACAGGUCAGUCUGGAGGGGUCAAGACAGCAAGCACAGGACGCAGCCAUGCAGCACUGCAUUGAACAACAACUUCACAACUGCCAGACAAUUCUUGUGGAGAUUGAACAGAGAAUCUCCAGUCUUCCUGUGUGUGGAUUGAAAGAACAGGAGCAACAUGAGGCUGAAUCGCUCAACACCAAACUCCAGCUGCUAAAGAACAGACUGGUGACGGUUCAAUUACAGCUGCAAGAGAGACACGGCGAAGAUCAGGUGCAUGUUGAGAGUCAGCGCCUCCUGCAGGCCAGGUUGACGCGCAGCAGCAGUGUGCAGGAGAUGUUGAGUUCUUCCAAAACCAAACUGUUCAGACAGAGCAGCCUUCAACAACAAAGGGAACUGGAGCAUGGAUUGAAUGAACAGAGGGAUCUAACUAAAGCUAUCGCAAUUCAAGGCAGCAGAGCCCAAACACAGAGCCAGAGCGCAGAUGAACAUGCGGGGCCCUCGCCAGCAAAUGAAGACAAAAGACAGGAAGUAGAGUUAGCAGUCCACGGGAAGUGGACACACCUCUGCAACAGAUUGACCAAGACAGCAGAGACCGAGCAAGGUGGAGAUAAAGAUCAGGAUCCAUCUGAGAUCCUCGCUCCAUCUGUGUGUUUGUGGAGUGGAGCUGCUGUUUCUUUCUGUCUCCAAGAGAUUCAAUCCAACAUCUCAAAACUUAAAGAACUGCAAAACUCAGCAGUUACAAAGGAUCAUCAAUCUCUGGAUGAAGGUCUGUUUGAGAUGUUGAGUGGAGUGGAUCUCACUCUCAGCUCUCUCACAAACACUCUUAUGUUUCAGCCAGCAACCUUAAACACUGACAUAUUAAACCAACUAGAGCAGCUACAGGGUGUAUCUGCAGAGCUGACCUCCUUGGGUGCCAUAUUGACCUUCCAGGGGUCAGAGGUCAUAAAGUUGUUAGGUUCGGGUUCAGCGAUAUCAGAGACCUCCACUUGUUUUGACCUGCUGAUGCAGUGUGUAUGCAACAUUCAAAAGACUCUCACUGAUAAACAGGAGCAGCUAGAGGAACGAAUAAAACACACAACUCAGCUGCAGAAGAGAGUGAAAGAUCUGCAUGACUCAUUACUAACUAAUACAACAAUCCUUCACCCUACAACUAACGGAGAAACCCACUAUGACCUUCACACACAGCUGCAGGCCAUCGCUGGAUGGAAACAGGAAGUGGAGCAGAAUGAGAGAAAGCUGGCAGAACUUAAAGAGGAGACAGAGAGUCAAGAUCAGCCCUCGUACCUCACACAGCAGAUCAGCACACUGGAGGCGGAAUUUGAGAGUGUUUGGAGUGAUCUAGAGCAGCGCUGUGGAGUUGUGCAGUGCAGUCUAGAUGAGCAGAAGAUGAGUGAAAAAAUACUGAAGGGUCUGCAGAUGCUCCUGACGAUUGGAGGAGAGAAACUCACCUGCACCUCUAAGCUGGAGCUCAGGAAUCCAGCACAAAUACAGACACACCUCAACACACACACGGCGUUUUUCCUGUCUCUGGGUGCCCACCUGAGGAGACUGCAGCAACUGAGUGUGCGGAUGCCAGACAGCGCCUCCUGUGGCUGGGAGACUGAAGUGUCUGAGGUUGAAGGUCAAGUGUCCAGUGUCCUGCAGCAGGCUCAGGCUGUCGGCACAGUGCUGCACUCAGCACUGCAGGUUUGCACUCAAUGCGAUGAAAAUCAGUCCUGGUUAGAAACGCUUCUGCAAAGGUUAGAGACUCAACUUCCCAUAACACCUCUGCAGGACCAAACUGAGGAGCAGCUCAGCGAGAAUAUUUCUGUCUAUCAGAGUGUGCUGGCAGCUCUGAAGAAGAAUAGAGCUCGGAUCAGUCUGGUUCUGGAUGAGGGCCGCAGACAGCAGGAGCAGAUUUCUAAUAGUGAUGUGGGUGUACCUAUACGCAUAGUGGGUGUGUCUACAGCAAGACUGGAACAGCGAUUGGGUGCACUUCAGAGGAGGGUGGAGCAAGGACUACACUCCACCCUCCAUUUUAAGAAGUUUGGGAACAGGUACCAAAGCGAUUCAGAGGCUCUGAAUGAGUGGAUGCGACAAGCCAGAGAACGCCUGCAUGCAUGGAGAGAUCACAUAACCACAGCUGAACAGGAAGUGGACGCCCUCUCCCAUUUUCAGCACUUCACAGAGUUCAUGAAGGAGCUAGAGGAGAAAUCGGCCCUAAAGGCAUCAGUGAUCAGUUCUGGAUCUUUGAUCCUGUUGCUCAAUGAAAGAGAGCACAACUUUGAGACACAAAAGAUCAUCAGAACCACCAGUGCUCCAAGAACCUCCACUCCCUAUGGAAAUACAACAACCUCUGAAGACCUACAGCCAAGUGAAACUAGCAACCGGACCUCCGUUGUCCUAGAUAACAACCCUGAAGACUCCUCGUCUUUAGAUGUCACCUUACCUUCAGAAACCAAUGUUUCCUCUAUUCAAAACAUCUUCUCAGAAGAAAAUCCUUCUACCACGGAAGAAUCAGAUGGAAAGUUCACAAAAGAAGGUGUUAUCUUUGAGGAACCAACUUCAUCUGUAUUCGAUUUAUCUGUAAAACAAGAGAUGGUUCUGUCCCCAGUUCUUCUGACUCUACAGUCCCAGCUGUCUCAGGUGGAGCAAGACUGGGUGGAAAUACAGACAACCAUUCCUGCCAUCCAACAGGGACUGCAUCAGAGUGUGGUGGAGUGCCUGUCUCCUGAAGGACUGCUGGCUGAUGUGUGUGGCUGGAUUACAGGUGCUGAGAGCAGGUUACAGGCGGCUGAACGAGAGGGUCACAACAUCUGUACUGCUGCAGAGUUCACACACCUGCUCAGAACAUAUCAGGGGAUGAAGACAGAGAUGGCAUGUAAGCAGAUGUCUGUUGACUUUAUUAAUCAGUGUGAGCUGAAGCAGGUCGGUUUUGACUCUCACACCAGCAGGUGCAAACACACUGCAUUUGCUGAAAAUCUGGGACACGCCAAUCUGCACUGGAAAACUCUACAGGCUCACCUGAACACACUGAUCCAACAUGCUGAAGAUGAGGUGAGGAUGUGUGCAGAGCGAGAUAACAAACUACAAAUCCUACAGCGCUGGGUCAAAGGUCAAAAACAAUGGAUGCGAUUGGCUGAAAGACCCAUCAGUCGCUCAUUUGCUGAGAGGAACCUGAAGGAUUGUGAAGAGCUGGGGGAAAAGUUGAAGUCUAAAUUCUCAGAACUUGCUAAGCUGAAGAAGAGGAGACUUACCACUGAUGAAGAGGACAGGGAUAAAGACUUCCUCUCAAAAGCUCACAAUCUUUCACAAUCUUUGACUGACCUCUCUCAACAGAGUACAGCCCUUGGGGAGACCUUGAAAGAGCUGUGUAAGGUGUGGUCUCAGUUUGAAAGUGGGAGGAGUCUGACAGUUUUAAACUCUAUGAGGAUCUACCAAUCACUAGAGUACUGCCACGCCCCUCUGCCCUCCCUCUCUGCCCUCCAGAACAACAUUGAUAAGAUACAGGUCUUAAAAGCAGAGACAAAGGAGAUUGACAGCCAGUGGGAGGAUCUUACGAAGACAACAGCAAUUCUUAUUGGUGGAAUUAGCCCAGACUCUGCCCAGGUGUUAUUGGAGCAUAUAGAAAAAGAAAAAGCAAGGUGGUCAGAGGUGAAGGAAAAGGUCACACACACCUUGCAGAGGUCACACAGUCUUCUGAAAGUGUGGCAGAGAUACUCUGAUGUGAGACGUUCCUGCUCAGAGCAGCUCCAACAUCUCAAAGAGCAGCUCAACACACACACCAAAACACCCGCUGACAAUAAACAACUCACUCACAGCAUCGCAGAGCUGAAGACUGUAUUACAGAAAUGCUCAGAGACUCUACAGACUGAUUUGAAUGAAGUUCUUGAAGUAUCUAAGGAUCUGAUUGAACAGAUGGAUGAUGAGGAUGCUGUUUUCAUCAAAUCAGAAUGCCGUUUGUUAACACGUGGUUACCUGCAGUUAGAACAGACUCUGAAAGGAAGAAUUGAACACAUGCAGGAGGACCUUGUGCAAUUUCAAGAAUUUGAAAGGUUAUUCCAGUCUCUCGAAACACAAUUACAGCAGUGGGAAAGCAAGCAACGGAUAGACAGCGAACUCACAGAUAUAUCUCAGUCAGGUCUGAUGGAGAUCAGUUCUCUCUCUCCUGAUCUGGAUCUGAUAAACACACUCAGCUACAGGCUGACGCUCAGUGACCCCGUGACACAGAGGCUUCAGCACCUCAACAGGAAGUGGGCACAGGCCUCCGCACAUGCUCAGGAGAAAUGCAGUGAGUUGCAGGCAGCCUCUCUCCAGCAGCAGAGCUUUGAGCAGAGAUGUGAGAGCUGGCUGGCUUUCCUACAGCGCAUGGAGGACAGUUUGGCUGUAGAAAUCGCAUCGACUUACCCUGGACUGAGAGAACAACAACGAACGCACCAAUGUUUUCAGGCUGAGUUGUCUUUAGGCCAUCAGAUCCUUCACUCUGUGAUCAGUGAAUCUCUCCUCCUGCUGCAGAAGGGAGAUGUGGAGGACAGGAGUGAUUUCCUGUUAAAACUGGCACAGCUAAGAGAGCACUGGCAGGGGGCGGUGCAGAGAGCAGCUCAACGGCGCGCUCUAGUGGAAGGGCUCAUACAGCACUGGCAGCUUUAUACACACACAAUGCAGAAACUCCGCAAACUCCUCACACUCUCACACACACUCUUGUCGCCUGCUGGUCCCACACACUGUAGUGUCCUGCAGUUGCGCCUCUUGCUGGAAGAUCUGAAGAGAACAGAGCUGUUGUUUCAAAGGUCAGUCUCUGCAUAUCUGUGUGUGAUGGAGGUAGGCAGGCAGCUGUUCUCCGUGAGUGACACACAGACGCAAAUGCAGCUGCAGACAGACCUGGCAGCCCUGCAGGAGGACUGGGAGCAAUGCCAGUGCAUGCUGGGAAAGAGAAAGACUCUCACAUCUGACAUCAUAAAGAAAUGGGAGACCUGUGAGACCAGACUAGCUGAUCAGGCCCAGCGCCUGGAAGAGGUACGAGCCAGACUGAAGCAGUCGAUCCCAGAUCAGCAGGAGGAGAUGGAAGAGGAACGCCUCCUUGUGAAGGAGGUUCAGGAUUGUUUAGAGGACUGGGCUGUCAGUCUUUCCGAGCUCAGCACCAUGAAGACGGACCUGUCCCAGUACAUCCUCACCGAUGACGUCCUCCUCCUACAAGAGCAAGUGGACCAUCUGCACUGCCAGUGGGAAGAGCUCUGCCUCAAAGUGUCACUUCGUAAGCAGGAGAUUGCUGAUCGACUGAAUGCCUGGAUCAUUUUCAAUGAGAAGAAUCGGGAGCUGUGUGAAUGGCUGACACAGAUGGAAAACAAGGUGGCACACAGUGCUGAGCUGAGCAUUGAGGAAAUGGUGGAGAAACUCAAGAAGGAUUGUAUGGAGGAGAUCAACCUCUUUAGUGAGAAUAAGACACAUCUGAAACAGCUGGGAGAACAACUCAUCACUGCAAGCAACAAGACCAAAGAAACAGAAAUCAAUGACAAGAUCAAGGACAUCAAUGACCGCUGGCAGCAUCUGUUUGAUCACAUUGAGGCCAGGGUCAGGAAGCUGAAGGAGACGCUGGUGACAGUGCAGCAGCUGGAUAAGAACAUGAGUAAUCUCCGUACCUGGCUUUCCCGCGUUGAGGGUGAACUGGCCAAACCUGUCAUCUACAGCGUCUGCCACAGUGAUGAGAUACAGCGCAAACUAGUAGAGCAUCAGGGCUUGCAGAGAGACAUCGAACAGCACACAGAGGGUGUAGCGUCUGUUUUGACCCUGUGUGAUGUUCUGCUGCAUGAUGCGGACGCUUGUGGUAGUGAUGGAGAGAACGACUCCAUUCAGCAGACCACGCUCAGCCUGGACCGCCGCUGGAGGAACAUAUGUGCCAUGUCUAUGGAGAGGAGAAUGAGGAUCGAGGAGACAUGGCGUCUGUGGUGCAAGUUCCUUGAUGACUAUUCACGCUUUGAAGAGUGGCUGAACACGGCAGAACGUACAGCGGCCAACCCUGCCACCAAAGAUGUACUGUACACCUGUGCUAAAGAGGAACUCAAAAAGUUUGAGGCGUUCCAGCGCCAGGUCCAUGAGCGCCUGACACAGCUGGAACUGGUGAACAAACAAUACCGACGUCUGGCACGAGAGAACCGGACAGACGGUGCCAGUAAGCUGAAGUUGAUGGUGCACGAGGGAAACCAGCGCUGGGAUACGUUACAGAAGAGAGUGGCCGCUGUGCUCCGCAGGUUAAAGCACUUCACAUCUCAACGGGAAGACUUUGAAGGAACGCGGGAGGGGAUUCUGGUCUGGCUGACUGAAAUGGACCUUCAGCUCACCAAUGUGGAGCAUUUUUCAGAGAGCGAUAUCCAUGAAAAGAUGCGUCAACUAAACGCAUUUCAGCAGGAGAUCACUCUAAACACAAAUAAGAUCGAUGCUCUGAUUGUAUUUGGAGAGAACCUGAUCCAGAAGAGUGCUCCGCUGGACGCCGUACUCAUUGAAGAUGAACUAGAGGAGCUGCACUCAUACUGCCAGGAAGUGUUUGGCAGAGUCGCCCGAUUCCACCACCGUCUCAUCAGCAGACGCCCGGUGCGUGAGGAGGACCGAGAGUUCUCAGACAGAGACACAGAUCCGGAGGACUCGGCUGAUUUCAGUGGGGUCUGGGAGAGAGAAAGGGAGGAGGAGGAGGAAGAGGAGGCUGCGAUGAGUUGUGAUGUUUCUCUGACAGUACGCCAGGCCGUGUCCCAGCUGAUACCACCUGCUCUGGAGCGCUCAGGUCGUGAGACCCCCGUCAGUGUGGAUUCAAUCCCACUGGAGUGGGACCACACCGUAGAUGUGGGUGGAUCUUCAUCUCCAGAGGAUGAUGAGGAGUUGACGUUUUACAGUGCCCUAUCAGAUGUAGAAGUCACUGAGAGCUCUCAGUCAUUUAUUAAAGCUACAUCUAAAGCUCUGAAGGCUGUGUCCGGAGGAAGGUCAAUGGUGGAGCCGUGGCACUCUCCUGAUGCGCCAGACAGGAAACGAGCGAACAGGGAGAUCAUGCGGAGUCUCACAUCUUCACCCACUGACACCAGCGCUCAGUACCACCCACAGGCCUAUGAUAAACUCAUGUCUGAGUGUGCUGGCAGUAUAGACAGUAUAAAGCGAGUGAAACUGAUUCUGAGCGAGGAAGAGCAACUGGAUGAUCAUGGUUUGAUGGUGCUUUCUGCAGCUGAUAAGACAGGUGUGAUCGAGCGAUGGGAACUCCUGCAGGUGCAGUCGUGCAGCGUGCCACAGGAUCUUCAGCAGUGGCACAAACUCAACUCUGACCUCACUGAUGUCAUGGCAUGGCUGGACGCUGUGAUGCCUGAGCUAGAGAAGCUUCAAACUCUAGAGCCAAAAAUCACCAUCAGAGACAUGGAGAGCAAUAUCCACAAACUAAAGGACAUGCAGAGGACUUUUAACGGCUACAAAUCAGUGAUGAUUGGAGUUAAUCUCAGUGGGCGGGGCUUCCAGCACGGCGACAGCGCCGAACUACGCGAACUGCGUGAGAAUCUGCAGUCAGCCAAUCAGAAAUGGGCACAGGCCUGUGCGGCUCUGGACAGCUGGGAACACCGACUGCAUCAAGCACUCAUGGAGUGUCAGGAGUUUCACGAGACACUUCAUUCUCUGCUGCUGUGGUUAGCUAAAGCAGAAAGCCAGCGCUACAUGGUCAACAUCCAUGACCAAAACACAGACCUCAACAUCCUGCAAGAGCAUCGAGACACCCUCAAGGCUGUUCAGCAGGACUUACAGUCUCGUGAAAGGGAGGUGCACUGCCUGCAGGAGAUCUCCUCACAGAUCCUGCUACAGGACCAGGGAGAAGACACUCUGGAGGCCAAAGAGAAGGUUCACGUCAUCAGCAACAAGUUACGACUGCUGAUCAGACAGAUCGCACACGACCUGCACACGCUGCAAAGCAGACUGGACUCAACUUGUCCAAAUGUGGGCAGGACAGCAUCAACACAACAGCAGGAAGCCGCAGGAGUUCAGGCUGUUACACGGGGAUCUGCCGCGGGUGUAAGGGCUGAAAGGUCUAAUUCGUCCCCAGCGAGACCGUUCCUGUAUCGUGUCCUACGAGCGGCUUUUCCCCUCCACAUGCUCUUCCUGCUGCUGCUGGUUGUGGCGUGUCUGGUGCCUCUCUCAGAGGACGACUACAGCUGCACUCUCUCCAAUAACUUUGCCCGAUCCUUUUACCCCAUGCUCCUCUACACCAAUGGACCCCCACCCACAUGAGAACAACUACACGUACCCUUCACUAACACAGCUCAAUCAGUAGAGGAAAUGGAAUGUAGUCCAAGCCUCCCGGUUUACUCUCCUGUAGCAGAUCCUGUAGCUCUGAUUAAUCUGAGUGAAAGCCCUUGUGUUUGGGAUCCAAUAGAUUUCCAGCAACAAUCAAAUCUUGUUCCUGGAUCCGAGGUCUGUCGCACAUGGAGAGUGAUUUUUUUUUUUCUGAAGCAAUCCGAAACUUCUCUUCAAGAGCCUUUCCUCAUGAUGUAUAUUUGUAUUUUUAGAGAAUGGCAAGGACUCCUCAUCAAAGGUGCACUCAUUUUUCAAUUGUAUAGUAUGUAGCAGCACAUUCAUUGAAAUGAAUACUCCUUCACACAAAUGUAUUUAUUUUUGACAUAUAAAUAACAUAAUUGAACCCUAUAGGCUCAUAAGCUUUGAGUCGGCCUGUGUUUUUAACUAGAAGCCCUGUUUAUAUGUCUGAGUGACGGGACUUGCUUGAAUAUCAGCUGUGUUCAUACAGUCUUGUUUCUUGUUUGAUGAAU